AUGGCUAAGGUUUCCAGGAAACCAGAGGAACGUAGAAAAGUUAUGGAACAAGCAACCCCAAGCACAAAACAAACAACUUCAAUCACAAAACGGAGGAAGAAGAGGAAGAAUCCUCAUCAAUCCAGGUCCAGAGAUGGUGGCAAGGUGAAGAAGAUACAAAGGGGAAUAAAAAGACUGCUUCAUGGGAGUUCAAGAAAAAAAUCCUCUUGCACUAGUACAGAAAUUCCAAGGAAGGUGAAGAGAGUGAAAAGGGCCAAGAAGUUUCGGCCAUUAACAAAGUAGUGGCCGAAUAGUAGCCUCCUGAGCUGAAAGCACUGAGAUCAGGCCAAGGAGAUCCUACGAAAUGACGCACC